AUUUGCUCAGCUCAAAUCGGUCCACUCCACUUUGGCCAAUUGUUCCACAAUGGCAUCCCCAACGGCAACCCUGGGAGGCAGGAAAGUGCGCACCACCGCAGAUUCAUCCAUCCCUCCACAUGAGGCUCUGAAACUCUUGAAAGAGGGCAACACUCGUUUCCUCAAUGGAGAACCCACAGCAGCUCAAACGGAUGAGAUCAUGCGCAAGGAGCUUGUGGACAUGGGACAGGCCCCCCAUACUGCCAUCAUUGGCUGUGCCGACUCCCGAGCACCUCUCGAGACAAUUUUUGAUGCCAUGCCUGGUGAUUUGUUUGUGUUGAGGAAUGCUGGCAACACUUGCACUCACGCCGAAGGCAGCAUGGUGGGCAGUUUGGAGUUCUGUACGGGAAGCUCGGUGCCCGCAUGAUUUUGGUGCUCGGUCACACCAAUUGCGGUGCGGUGUAUGGUGCCACGAAUGCCUAUUUGGCUGCAAAGAAGUCGGGCACAGCCAGUGUGGAGUCGGCUUUGGAGGGUCUUUUGCUGGACUUGGCUCCCGUUGCAGAGAAGGCGGUGGCUGAGAUGCCUCACCAGAAUGCAGACGACAUUGCAGCCUAUGCUGUCCGGGUGAACGUGUUCCACACCAUCGACUUCUUGCUCAAGUACAGUGCUGGGUUGCGCGAGAAGGUGAAGAGUGGGCAGGUCGAGAUUCAAGGUGGCAUCUACCACCUGGAGUCUGGAAAGGUGGAAUUCAUGGGAUGCUCUCCGCAGCAGUCAGCCCUUUUGAGCACCAACCUUGGGCUUCCUCCAUCCAUGACUCGUGAGGGUGGCCGCACUUCUGGCUAUGGCCCUGCAACCCAAGGUGAGCAUGGCGUGCGCACAACUGUAGACAGUGCUGUUCCUGCUGAGGAAGCUUUGAAGAUCCUGAAGGCUGGCAAUGAGCGCUUUGCUGUGGGCGAACCUUUGGCCAAGCAUGCAUCUUUGAAGAUGCGUGAAGCUUUGGUGAGCCAUGGGCAGGCCCCGCACACUGCCAUCCUGGGCUGUGCAGAUUCCCGUGUGCCAGUUGACACGGUGUUCGAUACCAUGCCAGGUGAUUUGUUUGUGUUGAGGAAUGCUGGCAACACUUGCACUCACGCCGAAGGCAGCAUGGUGGGCAGUUUGGAGUUCUGCUGUGGCAAGCUUGGAUCCAAGUUGAUUUUGGUGAUGGGUCACACCAAGUGCGGAGCCAUUGCAGGAGCGACGGCCACUUACCUCGCCAACAAAGGCGCAGAAGGCAAGGCCAUGAAGAGUGCAGGCAGCGCACUGGAGGGUCUGCUAGUUGGCCUGUCUGGUGUGGCAAAACAGGCUGAGGAGGAGCUUGGCCCUGUUGCUGAUCAAGAUGAGUUGGUGUCCCUCAGUGUGCGUGUGAACGUCUUCAGCUCCAUUGAUUUCCUGUUGAAGUACAGCCCAUCUCUCAAGGAGCUUGUGAAGAACGGCAACUUGGAAAUCCAGGGUGGAAUCUACCACCUGGAAACAGGUCGAGUGGAGUUCCUCGGACGCUCGCCCAGGCAAGCGGAAUUGCUCCGCUCUGACACGGCUUCUGUGCCACCAUCCCUGCAGGCAUUGCCCAUCCGCACAACAACAGAUGGACCUUUGCCAUCCAAAGAGGCAUUGAAGCUGCUGAAGGAGGGCAAUGCUCGCUUCACCUCUGGUGCUGCCAUUUCAGGAAAGAUCACUCCAGGCAUGAGGAAGGCAUUGGUCAACGAGGGUCAAGCUCCCCACACGGCCAUCAUCGGCUGUGCCGACUCCCGAGCACCUUUGGAGACCGUGUUUGAUGCCAUGCCUGGCGACAUCUUUGUGCUGCGCAAUGCUAGCAACACAUGCACCCAUGCUGAGGGCAGCAUGGUUGGCAGCUUAGAGUUUUGCCUGGGUGCUCUCAAGACCAAGAUGGUGUUGGUGCUGGGGCACACCGCCUGCGGAGCCAUCAAGGGUGCCACCUCAACGUACUUGCAAUCCAAGACCGGCAACAAACCCCAGGUCACCAAAGCUCUGGAUGCCCUGCUGGUUGGCCUCAGCGAUGUGGCCAAGAAGGCCUCGCAGGAGUUGGGUCCCAACGCCACGGAGCAGCAGAUUGUGGACCGGACCAUCAAACUGAAUGUCUUCCACACCAUUGACUGCCUGCUGCAGUACAGCCCAUUGAUCCGAGAGAAGGUGGCGGCAGGUGAGGUGGAGAUCCAGGGUGGCAUCUACGAUCUGGAGACGGGUCAUGUGGAGUUCUUGGGCCAAAGCCCAGCUCAAGACAUGUUGACGAAGUCUGGUGCUAGGCUCCCUUUCUACCAGAGGCUCAUCAGGUGUUUGUGCCCCAAACAGUUCAACAGCAAGCACCGCACUUCGCCUUUCCCGCAACAGCACAAGUAGUCAGAGGCCAGCAGCGCAGGCACAUCUUCAGCCAGCGCAUGCCAGUCGGGUACUUCUCGGGCAGAGAGUGCUAGCAUGGAGUGCAGGGCGGUAGCUUUAUCUGGAAAAGAUAAACAUGCUGAAGGCAAUUUGUAUAUAUUCAAUUUGAAAGAUUUUUUGCAGAUACAAUUGCAUUUGCUUAUAUAGGAUUUCCCAUUUUUGGAUGCGGCCAUGGUGCGUACCAUGCGCAUUGCAGACAGGUCGCAGAGAUGUAUAGAGAUGAUGGAGACUGUGCUCAGAAGUAGUCGGUACUUCCAUGCCAAAUUUUCUCAAAGAGAUUCUCAUGGCAAGAAUUUGUCAACCACCACAUGGGCUCUACAGAAGCUUGGAGCCGUGGGAACCCUCCUUGGAGGUUCCGAUACCAAUAUUUUUCUUUUUUCUUGCCAUGUACAAAAGCGUCGAGUGAUGUGAAGUGCGCGAUCAUGACUACAAA